ACGAAAGCCACGCAGAACACUGAACUGUUUAUUAAGAGAGUGAAGAUGGACAAGUGGACAGCGGCUCUGCUCACUGGUGUUGCCUGCAUUGUGGGAUACCUGGUUGUGCGGGUGAAAAAGAUCAACAGCCUCCGACAGGCAGAGGAAAAGAUACAGAGAGCCAGAAACCGGAGAGAUAAGAGCUUGCAGCGCGCAGAGCAGGCGGUGCUCCGGUACAAACAGUCGCAUCCCACGACUGACUCUGCUUUGAUCCUGAAGCUCUCCCUGUCUGAGCUGACACAGCAGCUGAAGGACGGCUCACUGAACCCUGACAAUGUGCUUUACUCUUACAUGGAAAAGACUCUGGCUGUAAACCAAAAGCUGAACUGCUGCACUGAAAUUUUGCUGGAGAGUUUGGACCAGCUGACAACUGUUGGCUCCAACAAGGAUGGUCUCUUGUACGGAGUUCCAGUUAGCAUCAAAGAAAAUAUUACAUUUAAGGAUCAUUACUGUUCUUGUGGUGUGGUCAUUAACCUGGACCAGCCCGCUGAAAAGGACAGUGUGCUUGUUCAAGUCCUGAAGAAACAAGGAGCUAUUCCCUUUGUGAGAACCAACUUGGCCCAAGCCCUCAUGAGCUAUGACUGCAGUAAUCCUAUCUACGGGCAGACUGUGAACCCUCAUAACCCCCAGAAGACUCCUGGUGGUUCAUCUGGUGGGGAGGCGGCUCUCAUUGGGGGAGGGGGCUCCCUGCUUGGUAUAGGCACUGAUCUAGGUGGCAGUAUCCGUCUUCCGUCUUCAUUCUGUGGAAUCUGUGGUUUCAAGCCAACUGCUCACCGACUGAGUUUACAGGGUUUUCGUUCAAUUUGUCGAGGACAAAAGUCAGUGUCGUCAUCUCCUGGACCCAUGGCAAGAGAUGUGGACAGCCUGGCUCUGUGCAUGCAGGCGCUUCUUUGUGACCACAUGUUUUCUUUGGACCCCACUGUUCCACCAUUACCUUUUAACAUGGAGAUAUACAGAAGCUCCAGACCUCUUAGGAUUGGUUAUUUGGAAAAUGAUGGCUACUUGCAACCGUCUCCAAGCAUGGUCCGAGGUGUCAGAGAGGUCAAAGCUCUGUUAGAGCAAGCAGGGCACACAUUGGUUCCUUACUCUCCACUGAAAAUCAGCCAAAUUGUUCCUGAGCUAUUAAUAACGGGUGUAUAUGCAGAUGGUGCUACCACCCUUCUACAAAAACUGAAAGGGGCACUUCUGGACCCUUCUCUGAAGCGGCAGGUUUUCAUACACUCGCUCCCUAAGUGGUUUAAGAAAAUCCUUUCCUUCCUAUUAAAACCUGUGUCACCUCGUCUGUCUUCCAACGUGAGUGCUAUUUGUGGAGUUCGAUCUGUUUCCGAUCUGUGGAAGCAACAUGCUGCUGUUGAGGACUAUAUUCAAGAGACAAUAGCACAUUGGAGGAGCUGCAAUAUUGAUGUGCUGUUGUCCCCCAUGAUAGGGCCAGCCAGCAGGUUAUUGCACGCUGACAAAGUUUCAACUGCUGUCAGUUGCACGAUGCUCUACAAUCUCUUAAAAUUUCCUGCGGGUGUAGUCACUGUUUCCACAGUGACUGCGAAGGAUGAGGAGGAACUAAAACACUAUAAGGGCUGUUAUCAGGACAGUUUUGACAAGUCCCUCAAAGAGGCAGUGACUGGUGGUGAGGGUCUACCUGUGGCGGUUCAGUGUGUUGCUCUGCCGUGGCAGGAUGAGCUCUGCCUGCGCUUCAUGAAGGAAGUGGAACAACUGGUCAAAGAAAGCAAGAAGUAAAGCUGCUUUCUUUCUCAGUCUCACAGGAGAGGCUGCAGACUUCAGAGGCAAUGUGUUAACUUGAGUAGAUCCUAUAAAUGAGAGCUGAAUCUUUCAUAAAUAGCAGAGCAUUCUCUUUUUUUUUUACAAAUAUAAUCUGGCAAUUUUUGUGCCUUGACUAUUUGGUAAAGUUUAAAUAAAUUUUAACAGUUAAAAUUCAGGUUAAAGUCAAGGCAGUUUUAUUUCUUUAUGCCAAAAUCACAUGUAAAGGUUCUUCACAGGGAAUGAACAAAUAAAUACAUACAGCCAUUAAUAAAUGGAACAGUACAUUUUAAAAAAUUGAAAUCACUAAGAUAUUAAAACAGACAUAAUUUAUAUGUAUAGGAGUGUGUGUGCGUCUUCUUAUUCAGUCACAAUGACGGAGAUAUUCAUGAUACAAUAUCUGGGUUAAAGAAAGCUGGAGGACGCAAUGAAGUAAGUUAAAAAUCAGCAUCUGCUGUCAGUCAGGAUAAACAUUGAUACUAUUUUUAUGAGAAAACUUUAGGGGACCAUUUGUCCUCGUCAUACUCGAGAGGUCAAAGUAGAUUCUGCUGCCCGAUAUUUACCCUGUAAUAUAUGCUUCAGCACAGUAAGGUGUAUUAAACCCGCUAAAUAAUGCUCUUUUGUUUUCUUUAGACUUUUAAGUCCACUAAUUGUCUGUUGACAGCUCCCUUCUGACAUGUAACCGUCUCCUGGCAGCUCUCACGAAUUACUUUGAAACUAAAAACUGCUAUUCUUAGGUGAGCUUACUGAUUAUCAACUCCUUCCCUAUGAAAAGUUACUGCGUGUGCAGUUAAUGCGCAGUGAUUUACAAUAGACAUACAUUUUGUUUAACAUGCCAUUCACCAGAUGAUUUCUAUUUUGGAGUUUUUCUUUUAAUCAUAACAAAUAGUAAAAUGUUUAAGUUGAGUCAUGACUAGUUCAAUUUUCCUUGCAAAUUUCAUGAAUGGAAGUAGUAGACCAACAUGGUUGGUCAAAGCUUUAAAAUUAACAUUUUGUAAAUAGAUGUGUAAUUAGCACAUGGAGCCAUCUGGUAAAUAGUAAAUGGACUGGUUCUUAUAUAGCACUCUUCUACUGUAAGCAGCCAAAGUGCUUUAUUUAACAUGCUUCAUUCAUCCAUUGAAAGCACUUUUUCUACACCUAAGGGCAUUCUAGCUGACAUUUACACAUAUUCAUACUCUGAUGAAUGCAUUGGACAGCAACUUUUCAGUCUCUUGCCCAAGGAUACAUAGCCAGACUGGAGACUGGAGCAUCCAGGGCUCAAACCAGCAACCUUCCAAUUCGUAGAUGAGCUGCUCUACCUCCUACACUACAACCACCUGAUGAGCCAUUGUCAGGAUGUCAGGGGAACAUGACAGCUUCCACAAAUGUUGCACACUCUGUGGUGACCCUAUUUUUAUAGGAUUAAGCUUAAGUUUAUGAAAAUUUCUCAGUUUGUUGGAAGAUGUAAUUACACACUAAUUAAUGUAUAUUUAUGUAUUCAAUAUUAAGUUUUUGUAUUAAAUAACCUUAAAAAAAAUGACUGCCUGCACAUUUAACAAACCAGCCCUUCUGGAGGAAUGCUACUCUCCACCUGUUUCUUGUGAAUAGCUGUUUCAGGAAGACCCCCACCCCCUCAUAAACGUCUACCAGAAGAGUUCACCCUUUUAUCAAAGUAUAUUGAGAUUCAUUUCAAACAUGCUUUCAACCUGUGGUUAUGCAUUUUAUUUUGUUAGUAGAUUCUUACUGUUCUUGUUUUUGACCCAGCAGUUUUUGCUGUUGUAUGAAGAAUGUGGUUCAUUAUUGACAUGAAAUUGAAUAUUAGUGCUUUAUUACUAGAUAACCAACAGAACUUUACACUACCACUGAUUUUUGAGGUUGCAUCUUCAUGCUAAUUUGCCCCCUUUAGAAAGUUCAAAUGUUAAUUGAUUCAACUCAGCUCUUUCACAUGCAAAAACAAAAUAAAUAUCAUGCAAAAGAAAAAACAACAACAAAAGUGUGACUCAAGUAUGAUUCAAAAGUAUUUUUAGUAUUAAUACUAAAUAUAGUUAAGAUCUUAACUUAAUUAUCAUUAGCAUUAUUAAUAUGUUAAUUGUGUCAUAAAUCAUGAC